GCUUUGAGUGCCGUUGCGUCAGCCCGUAGAAAGAAUUGAGCGUGGCUUGGCCCGCGGGGACGAGUGCUUGCCAGAGUCCACUAGACGGUGUCCCUCGGUGUCCACCGCUGGUCGUGGACGGUCCGGCCGGUGUCCUGGUGGAGACGGGUCGGGGCAAAUUCCCGCGACAUGAUAGGUCGGAACGAGUCGGCAACGGAAGCGUGUUCCCCCGGAUGUGACGUGUGUGACGCGUGAUACCUAUACGGUCACCUCCUGCUCGUCGUCGUCUCAAAUCCCCGUCAUUGACCGUCCUCCGCCAAAAUGCUGUCCAGGCUCCCUGCGGGUGCGCUGAGGAACGUCGGUUCCGUCGCAGGCCCCCGUUCUGCUAGCUUCACCUCAAACGCGCGUUUUGCAGCGCGCGCUCGGUUUGCGUCGACGAGCUCGGGCUCGUCUGCUUCUUCUGCUUUUGAGUCCUUCAUUAACUCGCGCGCAACCCUAGCUUCUGUGACACUUUUCACGGCCGGCUCGAUCGCAUGGUACACAAGCCUUUACGGCACCCUUCCCUUUGUCGGUGAGGUGCAUGCAAACUCGGCCGCUGACGAUGGUCUCCACCCCCCUCACUAUCCCUGGUCGCAUUCGGGCUUGCUAGACUCCUUCGACCAUGCCAGCAUCCGCCGAGGGUACCAGGUCUACCGCGAGGUCUGUGCUGCUUGCCACUCGCUGGACCGCAUUGCCUGGCGCAACUUGGUCGGCGUCUCCCAUACCGCGGAUGAGGUGAAGGCCAUGGCUGAGGAGAUCGAGUACGACGAUGGCCCGGAUGACCAGGGCGAGAUGUUCAAGAGGCCGGGAAAGCUCUCUGACUACAUGCCCCCUCCGUACGCCAAUGAAGAGGCUGCUCGUGCCGGCAACGGUGGUGCCCUGCCACCGGACUUGAGCUUGAUUGUCAAGGCUCGUCACGGCGCUGCGGACUACAUCUUCUCUCUUCUCACUGGUUACAGAGAUCCCCCGGCUGGCUUCGAGAUCCGUGAGGGCAUGAACUACAACCCGUACUUCCCCGGCAACGCCAUCUCAAUGGCGCGAGUCUUGUUCGAUGGCCUUGUUGAGUACGAUGAUGAAACCCCUGCCACGACUUCGCAGAUGGCCAAGGAUGUUGUCACGUUCUUGAACUGGGCUGCGGAGCCUGAGCACGACGAGCGGAAGCAGUUUGGCCUGAAGGCGGUCAUCCUCUUCUCUGCACUGACCGCAAUGAGCUUGUAUGUCAAGCGCUUCAAGUGGUCCGUUAUCAAGUCGAGGAAGAUCAUUUACAACCCUCCCGCGGACAAGUCGACCCACUAGCAGCGGACUAGACAUAGAGCUAUGAUUGGGGAACAUUAUUCAUGAAGUAAAUAGUAUUCUCAAUCGAGAGUAGUCUUUCCGGUCGCUGUCGCUGCGUCCUGUAAUGAAAUGAGAGAGGGGCGUGAAGAGAUCAUCCUCGCCUGCCGUCUAUUUA